AUGUCGAAUGGGACGGAAAGCGAAAAUGAUAUCUGGAUUACACCAAAAUGUUUCACAGAAGAGAGAGUUUAUUAUUCCCUUUUAAUCGUCAUUAGUUUCUUCAUUGUCUGCAUCAAUAUCGACGUCAUCUAUACCAUGGCAACGAAUAAAAGCCUUCAAACAAAACGAAAUGCGUUUUUAUUAAGUCUCAGUGUUUCAGACCUUUUGACUGGCUUGGUGUCUAUACCACUACAUAUAACAUCAAACUGUCGUCAGCCUCCUUCUGAGGUGUUGAUUUUAGCUCAAGCUAUUUGUUUCCGAUUCAUAGCUAUAUCCACCAUGUUGAACAUACUUAUGAUCACGAUAGAGAGGUACUUUGGUAUAUUAUAUCCAAUAAGGUACCAGUUUAUCCUCACCAAAGCUCGCACGUCCAUUCUAAUCACCUGUACUUGGGCUACUUCUAUUUCGUCAGCUCUCGUGUCGUACUCGUGGCUCGGCUCGGUCAGCGCCGGUGAGGAUGAAAUCCCGAUGAGAGAAAGACAAUUUGAAAAGGGUUAUUUCAUAUUCUCUUUCCUCGCGUUCUUUCUACUACCUUUGAUCAUCAUGACCGUGUUGUACAUCAGGAUGUUUCGCGCCAUUUCCAAAGCUCGGAAGUUGGCAUCAAAAUCUCAAAAGUAUUCAAGGACUUGCGAUCGUUCCCAUUCCACAAUCCCGCGCAGUCCUGUGGAAAUCCGACUUACAAGACCACGGAGUGUCACCGUUGGUUGUUACGGAGACCAACACCACAGAAGCUUGGAUCAUAGCCCUACUAUGGCACAGGAUCGUGAACGUCGUGGUGACAAUCUCAUUGUAAAUGGCAAGUUCAGAUCCCGUUCCUUCUCCCCGGGUCUGAUGGAAUCUAUGGUAUCACAUAACGAAUCAAAUGGUCAAAUCAAUGUCACAGUGUCCCCUCCUCAGUCUCCCACUUGGCUUCUCACGACCGAGAAACACCGCCACAAGAACGAUCAAAUUCAAUAUCUCGAAGCGAAAACUGCAAAUGAGGAAAGGCAGACUCAGUCGCCUUAUCUGAGUUUACCUCUGAACGAGGCGACUCGCUACGCUACGCAUCAUGGUUCAUAUGACCGUUUUCUCAGUUCAAGCCAUCGUUUCAAGUCGACGAAUUCUUUAUCGACCUCAACGCAUUCUCUUGAUAACAUGAGAGGCACCAACUCAAAGCCUUUGGAGAAAUACCUGAGUGAUAGUGUCAUUGCAUCGAGAGAGAAGGUGGAGAAGUCUUCACUCGCUAUGCGGCUCUCCGAUGCGUGCGAGAUUGCGGCAUCUAAACUGCGCAUGUUCAGGCAAGGAAGCAACGAGGACCGUUGGGGACAGGCAAAGAUCAAGCGAGAGCAUCGUGUACUUAUAGUAUUCGUUACUAUGCUUUCAAUGUUCGUAUUGGGCUGGAUAUCGUGGUACAUUAUGGUACUGGACUUUACUUAUAGUAUUUACAUCCCUACAGUUGUUUUAGAUUGUUUGGACAUUCUGAGAUUCUCCAUAUCCUUUCUCAAUCCGAUCUUGUACACCUUCUUCAAAAAAGAUUUUCGAGUUGCCUUCAAGAAAAGCCUGCGGCGAUUCAGUUCGAAUUCAGAUCAGCAGAAAUCCAAAUCUGAUUUCAGAGAAAAGAAUAAACGAUAG